AGAGUUUCAAAAAUGAAAGGUAGARAACAGCUAUAUAAAUUGAGGAUAGUAUUUUUCAUCCUGUUAUAUACAGUGUCUUCCUGCAGCACUAGAGUACAGGACGGAUCGAGUUGACUGAGCAUAUAGUUGUGAAGGAUCAGGACAGCUGGUUCCUUUUUUACGUAGCUCUGUUUUCCAGUCAAGAUACCCCUAUCAUCAGAAGUGCUAUCACGAGAUGUUUAUUGCUUACAGGGUCAUUGCUCUUUUUUUUCUGCUCGGAAUUUGUUUUUCGUUUGAACUUCCGGACCUCGACGAAGUGCAAAACUCCGAUGACAACGAACUGGAAAAACUUCUUGCCUCCGUUCGUCUCCUUGUUACUGGACUGAAAACUGAUAUCAAGGUUCAAGAAGCAAAAAUCAAAAACCUUGAAACAAAUUACAAGUCCUUGUCAAAGAAGGUAGGAUCGUCACAGGCACGCCUUUCAAACGUCGAAAGAAGAAUCAAUGGUGCACGAACCACUUGCAACGAUAGGGAGACAGCGUGGGCGCCGUACUCAGGUGCACCAAUCAUGUUCCUAGACAGGCAAGCGGUCACGUGUCCACAAGGGUAUUUCUUGUCAAGGUUCCAUCUCAUCAGGCAAGCUGAUCGUGUACAAGCUCCAGUCCGCUAUCGCUUUCGCUGCUGUAAGUUUAUUUUGUGAAAAUACCACGAGGAAGCAGUUUUUAUGAACGAUUUGACAAAAAAGUAAAGAAUAAUAGAUUUCGAAUAAUCUCCAACGACAUAGUACGUGUUGAAAAUUUGUCUUAUGAUAAGAUGUGAGUUUAUUAGAGUGAAGUCAUUAAACCCGUGAAAUACA